AAUUGGUAGAAUGUUCGUGGUAAUUGCUGCGAGUUGCUAUGAUUUAUUAAAACUUCCUGUGGAUCAUCAAGAAGCUUCUGUGGAUCACCGUAGAAAUCGCAGGGUAAGAUUGUUAUAAUAUGUGGAAAUUUUCUGUGAAUCACCAAGAAAUUGCCAAGGUGCGUGAGAUUGUUAUAAUUUAUAGAAAUUUUCAGUGAAUCAUCAAGAAAUUGCUUGGAAUCACCAUGGAAAUUGCAGGGUAAGAUUGUAAUAAGAUGUGAAAGUAAUCUGUAAAUCACCAAGAAAUUGCUGUUAAUCACAUUGCGUGAGAUUGUUAAAUUUAUGAAAAAAUUUCUGUGAAUCACCGUGGAAAUAUCAACAAGAAAUUGCUGCGAAUCACCUUGUUGCGUGAGAUAUGACAAUUUUAUGUGAAACAACAAGAAAUUGCUGUGAAUCACCUUGUUGCGUGAGAUUGUCAUAAUUUAUGAAAGUUUUCAAGAAAUUGCUUUGAAUCACCGUCGAAAUCGCAGGGUAAGAUUGUUAUCAUACAUGAAAUUUUUCUGUGAAUCGCCGUGGAAGUUGCUCUGAAUCACCGUGGAAAUGGCCGUGUGAGAUUGCUAUAAAAUGUUGUAAUCGGUGCUCGAGAUUACAAUAAGUGGUUUCUAGACACUAGACGAGAGGAUUAUCGGUAUAAUUAUUCAAUCGCUGUGUUAGUAAAAUCGUGGAAUUGCGAAUUGUCUGGUGCAAGGGAGGUCGAAGAAGAAAUGGCAGAAAUGGCAGUAUCUAUGUUUGUGGAGCCGGUGGUGAAAAUCCUGCUGAACGAAGUCAUCGAGCAGGGGAGUAAGUUCAAAGACAAAGCAAGGAGCCUUCUUCAUUUCAACCGGGACAUGGUUCGACUGUCGAGCGAGCUGAAGGAUUUGAGUGUCGUUCUGGAGGAUGCAAUGCCCGAUUAUCAACGCCUCGAAACUAGCCCUUAUGCUGAGGACCCCAAGUACUGGAAAUUCAUAAAAGAACUGUAUAAAGUUGUCCAAGAUGCAGAAGAUGUUAUACAAGACUGUCAAUAUGUGAAGAAAGGUUGUCGUCGACUACUUCUCCCGAUCCAAGUCAGCAGAAGACUUAAAGACAUCCAGCAGCGGAUUACAAGUCUGAAGCGUGUACCAUUUCCAAGAAUUGAAAUUCGGGACGAAUGUACAGCUGUGCAGCUGUGUACCACAGGUUUGAAUUUGUGUAUGAGCUCAAACGGGAUCACGGUCUCAUCUCAACUUCAGACGACUCCUGAGCAAAUUCGCGGAGCAACCCUUCGGCUGACAAGCAUGCGAAGAGAUUCCAUGAAGAGGAGAUUGCAGCCGGUAGAUGGGAUUCCUUUGGGUCUUAAUGACCAGAUCAGUCACGUUCAGAAAAUGUUAAUAGAAGACGAAGAAACAUAUAUCUUUGGCAUCAAUGGCAUAGGGGGCUCCGGGAAGUCCCUUUUGAUGAAGUGCGUUUGGAACAGCGAUGAGGUGCAGAAAUCAUUUGAGAAUGAUCUGCUAAUAUGGAUGUCAAUUUAUCCUAAUCAGAUUGCUGGGUCGCAGCGUACCCUUGCCAGACACAUAUCUAUGGAGUUCAACAACUCUUGGAAUCAACAAGAAGCGAAGGCUAAAAUCUACAGUUAUUUAGUCAGAAAGAGAUUUCUGAUGGUUGUGGAAGAUUUGUGGCCAAACGACAACGGUAGCUUCUUAUGGGACGUGGGAGUGCCAAAGAGCAAAGAAGAUGGCUCUAAAAUUGUUGUGAUAUCACGUUACAAAGAAGAUCUCACAAAGAUAAAACCAGAUAUGCCUUUGAUCUAUUCAGAUCCAUUAUCAGAAAAAGAUAGUUGGAGGUUGUUCGAGAGUUACGCUUUCGGGAGCACUGGAUCCCCUGUUCGACCAGAGGUAAUGCAAAAUGCAAGGAAAAUAGCAACAAGAUGCCAUGGACAUCCCUUGGCGUUGAAGGCAUAUGGUGCAGCCAUGGCUGCCAAAAGAGAUCCUUCGGAUUGGCCGAUGCCUUCAGAAGAAGGGGAGACAGACCAAGAUGAAAACUUAUUUAGAAAGUGCAGUCCUGCUGAAAGGGAGAUAUUCAAGUGCCUUCGCUCCAGUUAUGAAUCUCUGCCUCUGCAUCUCAGGUUAGCUUUCCUUUACUUCGCAGCGUUUCCUGAAGGUCUUGUGGUCAGAACGGCCGAUAUUAUUGAUCUCUGGACUGCAGAAAGGCUGAUUCCAGCCUACAGUCCUUCCCAGGCAGAUCUUUAUGGGCGGCGGAUGCUCAAAACUUUAAUGGAAAGGUGUGUGGUGGAGGGCGUUGAAGCUGGAUCUCUUGGCGUUGUCCGAAAGUGCAAAAUGCAUCCCAUGUUCCGCCUUUUAGCCUGCCAUAUCCUCCGCCGCCAAAACGAGGAGGACGAGGACGGGGAGGGAACCAGUUUAUUUCGUGCAGGAGACAAUUUGACGGAGUUCCCCUCUCACGAGAUCAGACACCAGCGACGGAUCUCGCUCAUGUAUAAUCACAUAUCUUCCCUACCAAGAAAAUUCAGGUGUCGAAAACUGCGCACUUUGAUUCUCCGUCACAGCGAAGACCUCACUGUAAUUCCCCGCAGCUUCUUUAAAAGUUUGAAAUGGCUGAGAACACUCGACUUGAGUAUGACGGGGAUCGAAUCCCUGCCGAAUACUAUAAGUUGUCUCGAGAGAUUGGAAAACCUCAAUCUUUCUCGAACCAGAUUGAAAUCUUUACCGGUAGCCAUCACCGGUCUUCACAGGCUCAAAAAGCUCAAUCUUUUUGAGUGUAAGCAACUGGAGCGCCUUCCUCUGGACAUGAACAAAUUGGAACAUUUGCGCUAUCUCAACUUGAGGCGUUGUACUAAAUUGAAAUUCCUUCCGUACCAAGUGACACAAAUUUGUUCCUUGCAGUGCCUUAUCAUGGAUGGAUGCCAGAGUUUACAGUGGAAAACCCUUCACCAAAAGUCUGCUGUUCCGAACAAUCUGCAAUAUUCACGACUGGAGGAUCUGAAGUCUCUCAGACAUCUCAAGUAUCUAUCAUUCGUCUGUGAAUCAGUCACAAGAAUCCCCAAUGGUCUCAUGGGACACUUUGAGAGCCUCCAAAGAUUGGAAAUUUGUGCAGUGCAACUAGGGAGCCUUCCGGAGGAAAUCCAGCACAUGAAAAUUCUGCAGGAUCUGCGCAUAAGCAGGUUAGAAGCCCUAGUUAAAAUUCCUCAAUGGUUAUGCAAUAUGGAGUCCCUGAGAAGAAUUACAUUAGAGUAUUUGAAAGUAAAGGCUAUUCCACCUUCCGUGUUUGAAACGUUGCCUCUCUUGCGACUGCUGGAGAUCGAACAUUGUGAAGAAUUAACAGAUUUGCCAGCGGAAUUUUGUAAGGAAAGAUCAUUUCCAGCCCUGGAAGAGCUGAGACUCGAUCAUCUGAGGGAACUGAAAGAAUUGCCAUGUUUUGCACAAGGAACCAUGACGAUGCUCAAGGAACUCAGGGUGAGAUACUGCAAGAAGAUCACCAGAUUUCCGAAGGGUGUCGAGAAAUUGAAGAAGAAUACCAAGAUUGACAUCGCCGGUUCAGUUGGACUGAUAGAUAGUGUGGGAGACAAUGGGAUCGACAGAGAAAGAAUGAGAGUUUUUCGGGCCAACCUAAGUUAUUAGGUUUCUGCUUUCACCAUGAUAUUACAGAACCAAAUUAUUUCCCUUGCUUUUUCAGGUCAAGGGCAGUAGAAAUUUGUUUAUUUUUAGGGUCAAUUGUUGGCAUAGUAUUGGUGGUUGGUUAUAAGGGUAGGGGGAGGGUUCUUUGAAAACAGGAUGGGUCAAUUGAUGGUAUAGUAUCUCUCGUUUUAAGAUGUAGACUUGUAACAUAUUGUCAAUAAUUAGUU